AUGUGGGCCGGGUGUGCCAGCAUCAUGGGCUGGUUCCUUUUCAUCCAGACAGUGCCCAGGGUGGCAGCCCUGUCUGUCUCCUCAUCCCUAGGCGGCCGUCCCUGCAAUGCCAAGAACUUUGGCCAUGACUCUCUGGUGUGUGAGUGCAAUGCCUCCUAUUGUGACACGCUGGACCCCGUUGUCGUCCCGGCCCUGGGCACGUACGCCAAGUAUGAGAGCAGCAAGAUGGGCAAGCGGCUGGAGCGCAGCGAGGGGAGGUUCCAGAGCGACUCCACGGCCCCAGAUCUGUUGCUGAAGCUGGACAUGGCGCAGCGGUACCAGAAAGUGAAGGGCUUUGGUGGGGCUCUCACAGACUCUGCCGCCAUGAACAUCAUGGCCCUGUCCCCGGAUGCCCAGACCAACCUACUCAAGUCGUACUUCUCAGAGGAAGGGAUCGAGUACAACCUGGUCCGCAUCCCCAUGGCCAGCUGUGACUUCUCGGUCCGCCUCUACACCUAUGAUGACUCCGAGGGGGACUUUGAGCUGAGGAACUUCAGCCUGACUGAGGAGGACACAAAGCUGAAAAUCCCCAUUCUCCAGCAUGCCCAGGCCGUGGCCAGGACACCGCUCUUCCUGUAUGCCAGUCCCUGGACAUCCCCCACCUGGCUGAAAACCAAUGGAGCCAUGACAGGCAGGGGCACACUGAAGGGGAAGCCGGGGGACAAGUAUCACAAGACCUGGGCCAACUACUUCAUCAGGUUCCUGGACGAAUACGCCAAGCACAACCUGACGUUCUGGGCGGUGACGGCUGGGAACGAACCCACGGCUGGGGAAAUUGUCUUCUACCCCUUCCAAUGCCUGGGCUUCUCCCCCGAGCACCAGCGGGACUUCAUCGCUCAGGACCUGGGCCCGGCACUGGCCAACAGCUCGCACAAGGGCAUCCAGCUCAUCAUGCUGGACGACCAGCGAGUGAUGCUGCCUUAUUGGGCGGAAGUGGUCCUGAAUGACCCCGUGGCCGCCAGCUUCAUCAACGGCAUCGGCAUCCACUGGUACCUGGACUUCCUGGCUCCCAUUGACCUCACGUUGUCCAUCACCCACCACCUCUUCCCCAGCUACUACCUGCUUUCCACAGAGGCCUCCACAGGGUCCUACUUCUGGGAGCCCAGGGUGGUUCUGGGCGGCUGGGACCGAGGGAGCAAGUACAGCCACAGCAUCCUGAUGAACCUGAACUACUACGUCACUGGAUGGACCGACUGGAACCUGGCCCUGGACCUGGAGGGAGGGCCCAACUGGAGCAAGAACUAUGUGGACAGCCCGAUCAUCGUGGACAGCAGCAAGGAUCUCUUCUACAAGCAGCCCAUGUUCUACCACAUGGGGCAUUUCAGCAAGUUCAUCCCCGAGGGCUCCCAGCGCGUGCGGCUGGUCAUCUCCAAGAAAUGCUACAGGUGCAGCCUGGAGUACGCAGCCUUCCUGCGCCCGGACGGUGCCGCUGUGCUCGUGGUCCUGAACAGGUACCCCACAGAUGUGCCAUUCGGGAUCUCAGACCCAGGUGUUGGCUACAUUGAGGCUGUGGCUCCAGCUGACUCCAUCCAGACCUACCUGUGGAGACGCUAAGGAAGAGGCCAGGGCAGGCGGGAUUGCAGCUGGGGCUGUGGGGGGAGGAAGGAUGCA